CAAUUAGAAAAAAAACCUUUCAUUUAAAUCUUUUCAGGAUUGAACCAGUCAUAUAUUCGCUAAUCCACGUCAUCGCAGGACUAAAGAUUCUGUAGCUUUGCUGGAUAAUGAUAGCGGCUAACAAUGCUCGCAGCACCAACAACGAUCCGGUGGAAUCGUCGGAAUCCAGCCCGAUAACGGGACCUGCAAAUGGGGGAGGUUCAUCCCGGAUCAUGCGCCAGUUUGGCAGUCUAUUCCAGCCGUCCACGGCUGCCAGGGCCGACCCAGCCGGGUACGUCGAGUUUGGCAGCAUUUCAGAUCCGGAAACUCAAUCCGGUCGAACGUUGGGAACCUUUGCGGGGGUGUUCUGUCCGGUAGCGCUUUCAAUGUUCAGCGCUCUGGUGUUCAUUCGAGUCGGUUUUAUUGUCGGGAAUGCUGGCUUAUACGUAACAUUGUUGCAGUUUAUAAUUGCGUACGUAAUUUUGCUUUUUACCGUAUCCUCGGUAUGUGCAAUUUCCACAAAUGGUGCUGUCGAGGGAGGAGGUGUUUAUUUUAUGAUAAGCCGCACUUUGGGUCCGGAAUUUGGCGGAUCUAUUGGAACACUGUUCUUUCUGGCGAAUGUAGUGGGUUGCGGUUUAGCCAUUUCCGGUUGUGCAGAAGGUAUCAUCCAAAACUUUCACUCAACUGAUGGUCACACCGAAGGAAUUCCUGAUGGUCGAUGGUGGCGAUUUCUGUAUUGCAGUUCGAUCAAUACCUUGAUGCUAUUGGUGGUGCUGAUUGGAGCUGAAAUGUUUGCCAAAACAUCGAUGAUGAUUUUGGGAGUCGUUGUAGUGUGUUUACUGUCCACUUACAUCAGUUUCCUGUCGAUGAGUGACAUUUCUGUACCGAUACCAGAGGAAAACACUUUGGUGCAGAAUGCUACCAAUAGAGUAUUUGGCAACUACAGUGGAUUGAGUUUAACAACACUGAUGGAGAAUUUGUACGCCCACUAUGGUCGUGAUUAUACAUCACACGGAAAUGAAGUAAACUUUGCGGUCGUUUUCGGUGUUCUGUUUUCCGGAGUAACGGGAAUUAUGGCUGGAGCUAACAUGUCCGGUGAAUUGAGAAACCCUUCUCGCAGCAUUCCGGUUGGAACAUUAUCGGCCGUUCUGUUCACGUUCUUGUGCUACAUUGCAUUGUCAGUGUUUAUGGCUGCAACAACGUCAACAUUUUUGCUGCAAAAUAAUUUUCUGUUUUUAGGACCGAUUAAUGUAUGGCCCACUUUCGUAACUAUCGGUAUUCUAACGGCAACAUUCUCGACGGGCUUAAGCAAUCUUAUUGGGUCCAGCAGAGUUUUAGAAGCGCUCGCCAAAGAUAAAGUAUUUGGAUCGUUGCUGAAUUUUGUUAUUCGUGGAACCUACAAAAACAAUCCCAUAACUGCAGUCAUUGCCAGUUGGAUUUUGGUGGAAGCUAUAUUACUGAUAGGAUCGUUGAAUACUAUUGCUCAGAUCAACUCGGUUCUAUUCAUGCUGGCAUAUUUGGCAACUAAUUUGGCUUGUCUAGGAAUCGAAAUAACCGGAGCCCCUAACUUCAGACCAACGUAUAAAUAUUUCACCUGGCACACAGCAUUCGUCGGUUUAGUUGGAACAGGGGUCAUGAUGUUUGUAAUCAACCCAAUCUACGCUUCGUCCAGUGUUAUUCUUUGCCUGAUCUUGGUGAUAGCGCUGCAUUUGUUCUCUCCCGCCUCGCAAGGAGCUCAGUGGGGCUCCAUCUCACAGGCCUUGAUGUUCCAUCAGGUUCGCAAGUAUCUGCUCAUGUUGGACUCGCGCAAAGAUCAUGUCAAAUUUUGGCGCCCUCAGAUGCUUUUGCUUAUUUCGAGUCCACGAUCAUGUUGCCCGUUAAUACAUUUUGUCAACGACAUGAAGAAAGGUGGUUUGUACGUCAUCGGACACGUGAAGCUAGGAGAAUUCUCUGAAAACGACUCAUCCAAUGACCCAACAAUCGAAGAAUAUACCCAAUGGUUGUCACUAAUUGACCACAUGAAGGUGAAAGCCUUCGUGGAGCUGACCCUUGCCAAGACAAUCCGAGAAGGAAUUCAACAUUUGACACGAAUUUCCGGUAUGGGAGCGAUGAAACCAAACACCAUCAUUCUUGGUUUUUAUGAUGAAGAAUCAUCCAAGGACUUCCUGGAGCACGAACAUUCCCCGUAUAAAACUGAAAAAUUUGACUCUGAAGGUAUCAAACUUUUUCCUUAUCGAGGAAAUGGAGAACAAAAGUCUCUGCUACCAACGGAUUACGUCCAAAUUAUUGACGAUGUUCUACGGAUGAAGAAGAAUAUCUGUCUCUGUAGGCAUUUUCACCGAUUGGAUAAGCAAAUGAUUGCCAAGAGUAACCACAUUCGGUACAUCGAUGUGUGGCCGGUUAACAUUUUUGAGCCGAAAAACGAGGAUCCUUUCAAUGUGGUGUCCCAAUUUAUGCUGCAAUUGGCAUGUAUCAUCAACAUGUUGCCAGUGUGGAAGAAGCUAGAGUUACGAGUGUUCCUGUGUGAAUCUGAACCCCCAGCGGAAAACAGUAAUUUUCAAACAAACAGCGCACCAUUUGAACGGCCAGCAGAGCAUCGAUUAAGUCAAUUGCUUAAGUCUCUUAGAAUAUCUUCCACCAUUCAUAAGUUACCCGAGUGGAAUAAGGACAUCGAUUUCCCUAAGCAUAGAGCAAUUCUAAAACAGUUUACCAGCAAUAGUGACAGCAACAAGGUGAUGACCGAAGAAAGCAUAAACCGCUCCAAGCUUUACAUGCAAAGAAUAAAUCAAAUAAUUCGGGACAAAUCGAACGCAACAGCAGUCACAUUCAUGUACCUUCCGGCUCCACCGAAACUGUCUACUAUUGACUAUAAGGAAAAGUGCCACCACUAUCUGGAUCUGCUAACAGAACUAACGUACGAUCUUCCGCCGACGAUAUUGGUCCACGGUGUUAAUGCUGUGACCUCGACUACGCUUUAAACGUUGAGCACACUAACAAGUAUGUAUUUCAUAUAAGAAUACAGAACAACACAAAUUCUCACUGUCACACGUUCAAACGAAAACGCAGCAUCCUCGUUUCUCAAUUAAAUAAUGCACGUUUUGUCAUUCUACUGUGUUUGUGAAUAAGUUGUGUGCAAUUAGCGAUCUUAGAAAGACAUUAGCAAUUAUUGCCACCUAGUAAACCCAACAUGUUUUGAAAAAUGCUCCCUAGAAUGGUAUAGCAUUCAAAUAGCUUAGCUGAAAAUUAUUCUUCCAAGUUGAUGGACACGGAAGCUAUCAAUACACAAAUAGAUGAAGCAUUUUUUUAUAUAUAUAUUUAUUACUUGUAUCUGUUAUGUUCGGCGUAGAAUAAAACAACACACCAGUUUUACUAGUUUUAUGCGGCAUAUUUAUCUAUUUGAUCGGAACAAAUUGCUGGUCGUAGUAAUGAGCAAAGCAAAGCGUGGAACAGGAACGGAAAGCAAAAGAGUAUUACAUUCGAUAUCAUUCUAAUUGUGAUCUAUAAAAAAACCGUACAAGUGAACUCAACUCUGGUUCUUCAUCCAAUGUGUGCUGAUUUCGAGAGUUAUUCAGAUGAUGGGAGUUGGUAUACCAAUGGAACUGAUAAUAAAGUAAAUCUAUUUAGAUGUCUAAUAUAUU